ACAGAGCUAAUCUGGACCGAUGCCCCGUGUCAAUUGAUCGACUUGGUGAAGUUUAUCUCCGUCACCAUCGACUGGGUUCCGACUCCGUCUCUGCCAGAAAGAAAACCCUCCACCAAUGGCGACGUCGUCACCGUCAGAUAAUAAAGCCACCAUAAUCGACGGCAAAGCCAUCGCUCAGACCAUACGAUCGGAAAUCGCCAGCGAAGUCCGCGAUCUAUCCCAGAAAUACGGCAAGGUUCCGGGUCUGGCAGUGGUGAUAGUAGGGAGCAGAAAGGAUUCGCAAAGCUAUGUGAGCAUGAAGAGGAAAGCAUGCGCUGAAGUUGGGAUUAAGUCCUUCGACUUGGACCUACCCGAAGAUGUUUCCCAAGACGAACUCAUCAGCAAGGUCCACGAGCUUAACGCCAAUCCGGAUGUACAUGGUAUAUUGGUUCAGCUUCCAUUGCCGAAGCAUAUAAACGAAGAGAAAGUUUUGGGUGAAAUCAACAUUGAGAAGGAUGUAGAUGGUUUUCAUCCUCUCAACAUUGGCAAGCUUGCAAUGAAAGGCAGAGAUCCUCUGUUCCUUCCUUGCACUCCAAAGGGAUGUCUUGAACUUCUCUCACGAAGUGGCGUAAGUAUAAAAGGGAAAAAGGCCGUGGUGGUGGGUCGAAGUAACAUAGUUGGAUUGCCGGUUGCUUUACUGCUUUUGAAAGAAGAUGCUACUGUUACUAUUGUCCAUUCUCGAACUCCUGACCCAGAAAUUGUCAUCCGUGAGGCUGACAUUAUUAUCGCAGCUGCAGGACAGGCCUCAAUGAUAAAGGGUAGUUGGAUCAAGCCUGGUGCUGCUGUUAUCGAUGUUGGCACAAAUGCUGUUGAUGAUCCAACUAGAAAGUCGGGUUAUAGGCUAGUUGGAGAUGUAGAUUUCCAUGAAGCAAGCAAGGUAGCUGGAUGUAUAACUCCUGUUCCAGGUGGUGUUGGUCCACUUACUGUUGCAAUGCUUCUCAAGAACACCUUGGAUGGUGCAAAACGAGCGAUUGCCCAAUAAAGCCUCUUUCUUCUCAAGUUCCUGCGGAAUAAGAUGUAAACCAAUUACAGGAUAAAGGUUUUGAAGGAAAAAUUGUAUUCACAAUUCGAUAUAAUGCUUUGCUUUCGUGCCCUAAUCACAUUGUUGUGUCUUCAAUUCUGCUUAUCUGUACUUUACAUAUUGGGAUCGUUUUAUGUCGACUGACUAAUUUUAUCACAUAACAUGUUUCUAUU